UGUUACUGUCGGCACAGGACCAGCCUGAGAGCAAGGUAUCUCCUAUCUCUCCACCCCCACUCCCAUCCCAGCACUCCAUCUGGGCAUUUUUCCCAACUGGGAUAUACCUGCUGGCUCCUGAAACUGGGUGCUCCAGUUGGUAUCAUUUCCGACUGGAAGAAGGGAGGUUAUUUCUGCUCCGGCUGCUGUCCUUACUGAAAGCAUGAACCUUUUUUCCUUGCUCUGGGGACAUUUCUGAAGCAGGUACCUGCUACCAGAAAUUAAGCUCUCCUACCAAAUCGGAAUCUCUGUGCCCCUCCCCAGCUCUCCCGCCUAAAGUCCAUUCUUCCACAGCCUUUUGAUUUGGGGGGUAGAGGGUGGACCUCCACCCUUGUUGGCCCGACAGGGCAGUGUUGGAGGCAAUGGAGCCCUCAGAAAGAGGUCAGAGUUAAAGAGCUGGGUGUGAAAGUGGAAGCCAGCAUGACGAACACCUCCUCCACGUCCACCAGCACCUCCAGUGAAGGGGGGUCGCUGCUCCUGCUGUGCGAAGAGGAAGGGUCGUGGGCAGGCCGCCGGAUUCCCGUGUCCCUCCUCUACUCUGGCCUGGCCAUUGGGGGGACGCUGGCCAACGGCAUGGUCAUCUACCUAGUGUCAUCCUUCCGAAAGCUCCAGACCACUAGCAACGCCUUUAUCGUGAACGGCUGCGCCGCUGACCUGAGCGUGUGCGCCCUCUGGAUGCCGCAGGAGGCUGUAUUGGGGCUGCUGCCCAACUCCUCGCCCGAGCCUCCAGGGGGGUGGGACGGCGCUGGGGGCAGCUACCGCCUGCUGCGGGGAGGCUUGCUGGGCCUCGGCCUCACCGUGUCCCUCCUAUCCCACUGCUUAGUGGCCCUGAACCGCUACCUGCUCAUCACGCGGGCGCCCGCCACUUACCAGGUGUUGUACCAGCGGCGCCACACGGCAGGCAUGCUGGCGCUUUCCUGGGCACUGGCUCUGGGGCUCGUGCUGCUGCUGCCGCCCUGGGCGGCGCCGGCAGGUCGCGUGCCCCCCGAGGUGCACUACCCCGCGCUGCUGGCCGCUCUGGCGCUACUGGCUCAGACUGCGCUGCUGCUGCACUGCUAUCUGGGUAUCGUGCGCCGGGUGCGGGUCAGCGUCAAGCGGGUCAGCGUGCUCAACUUCCACCUGCUGCACCAGCUGCCGGGCUGUGCCGCGGCCGCCGCGGCCUUUCCAAGCGCCCCGGGCCCCCCUCACCCGCACCCGGUGCCCCAGGCGGCCGCGGCCGCGGCUCCGCCCCUGCCGCCCACUCUGCACCCGCGCCGGGCGCAGAGGCGCCUCAACGGGCUGUCGGUGCUGCUGCUCUGCUGCGUCUUCUUGCUGGCCACGCAGCCCCUCGUGUGGGUGAGCCUAGUCAGCGGCUUCUCUCUGCCUGUCCCCUGGGGGCUGCAGGCCGCCAGCUGGCUCCUCUGCUGCUCCCUGUCCGCCCUCAACCCGCUGCUCUACACUUGGAAGAACGAGGAGUUCCGCCGCUCCGUGCGCUCUGUCCUGCCUGGCAUCGGGGACGCGGCGGCCGCCGCCGCCGCCGCCACUGCUGUACCAGCCGUGUCCCAGGCGCAGCUGGGCACCCGGGCCGCUGGCCAGCACUGGUGACGCGGCGGCCAGGGCGGCCCCGGCGACAGACGAGGAGAGAUUGCCCGACUCCCUACUCCCAGGCCGUCCCUUCCUCCAAAGCAGCACAACGCUGGAGGAAGAAAACUCCUGAAAUAUACUGCAAUAAAGCUGGC